AUGGCCGAGAGCGACUGGGACACGGUGACGGUGCUGCGCAAGAAGGGCCCCACGGCCGCGCAGGCCAAGUCCAAGCAGGCCAUCUUAGCAGCCCAGAGGCGAGGAGAAGACGUAGAGACGUCCAAGAAAUGGGCUGCUGGUCAGAACAAGCAGCACUCAAUCACCAAGAACACGGCCAAGCUGGACCGGGAGACCGAGGAGCUGCACCACGACCGUGUGACCCUGGAGGUGGGCAAGGUCAUCCAGCAGGGCCGGCAGAGCAAGGGGCUGACGCAGAAGGACCUGGCGACCAAAAUCAACGAAAAGCCGCAGGUCAUCGCGGACUACGAGAGCGGACGGGCCAUUCCUAACAACCAGGUUCUGGGCAAGAUCGAGAGAGCCAUCGGACUCAAGCUCCGGGGGAAGGACAUUGGGAAGCCGAUCGAGAAGGGGCCCAGGGCGAAAUGA